AUGAGGCGAACUAGGCCCCGCCCAGGGGCGGGCGGGCUGACGGGCGAGCUGUCGCCUGCCCCGCCGCGGAAGGCCCGGCUCGCGUGCGGCUCAGCCUCUGCCCGGCGGAACGUCACCCCGGCGCUCGCCCGCAGAGCUGGCCGCGGACAGGCGAGAAGGAAGCCGGCGCCCGCGCCAGGGAGAGCUCGCGGCUUGGCCGCCGGGGGCAGUGCCAUGUCAGAAGUAGAGCCACGACCAGCGGAGGUUUCUCCAUCAUCAAAUUCAUCUAGCUCCUUUGAAGCAGUGGAAACAGAUACAGCUAAUAAAUAUGAGCCAGUUUCCCCACACUGGUUUUAUUGCAAAGUAACGGAUUCCAGAGAAAGAUGGAUUCCCUUUAGUGGACAAGAUUCAGAGAAGUUAGAACAUUUUCACCUAUCCAGUAAAGAUUGUGAAGAGACGGUUGUUCCAACAGAAGGGGGCAGGUAUGAUGUGCAUUUGAAGAAGAGGCUCCGUUGUGCUGUCUACUGGGAGGAAGAGGACUCUGAAGUCAGGCGCUGCACUUGGUUUUACAAAGGAGAAAAGGACAAUAAAUAUAUUCCGUACUCUGAAAGCUUCAGUGAAGAGUUGGAGGAAACAUAUAUGAUCUGUGUCACUCUAGAUGAGUGGAAGAAGAAACUAGAGUCCCCUACUAGAGAAAUAAUCAUACUGCAUAACCCAAAACUGAUGGUACAUUAUCAUCCAGUAGCAAUCUCUGAUGAUUGGGGUGCAAGCCCCACAGAGCAAGGCCGACCAAGAACUGUGAAGAGAGGCGUGGAAAAUAUCUCUGUUGAAAUCCCUAGUGGAGAGCCUCUGCAAAUAGAUCAUUUAGUUUUUGUUGUGCAUGGAAUUGGACCAGCCUGUGAUAUUCGGUUCCGAAGCAUUGUUCAGUGUGUCAAUGACUUCCGCAGUGUUUCCUUGAGCAUGCUGCAAGCACACUUCAAGAAAGCUCAGGAACAACAACAAAUUGGCCGGGUUGAAUUCCUUCCAGUGAACUGGCACAGUACUUUACAUACUGGAGUGGAUGUAGACUUGGAAAGAAUUACCUUGCCAAGCAUAAACCGCCUGCGACAUUUUAUCAAUGACACUAUCCUGGAUGUUUUCUUCUAUAAUAGCUCCACCUACUGCCAGACCAUUGUAGAUACAGUUGCUUCCGAAAUGAACCGACUCUAUCGUCUCUUCUUGCAUAGGAACCCUGAUUUUAAAGGGGGAAUUUCAAUAGCAGGUCACAGUUUAGGAUCACUUAUAUUGUUUGAUCUUCUCACUAAUCAAAAGUGCACUGCAGAGAGAGAAGAUGAUAAUAACAAGGGGCUUCAUAUGCCAGCAUCCAGUCAGAAAGACUUUGAGUCAGUAAAGGACAUCUUGAAGGAACUAGAGGUUUCUGAAUAUUAUCCUGUGUUCGAGAGGGAGCAUGUGGAUAGAGAAGCACUGGCCUUGUGUACAGAAAAGGAACUUCAGGAGAUGGGAAUUCCUUUGGGACCCAGAAUGAAAAUCCUGCACUACUUAAGGAAAAAAAGCAGCAACCAAGAUUCCAAAAGAGAGAGCCCUACAGCAGCUUGGAAAGACGGCGAUUUCAAACAGGAGGCAACCACAAAACCCCUAAAUGCAGAGUCAAAUUGCCGAUGUCCGGAUGUUGUGACGGGACAGGUCUCUGCCAACUACCCUCAGCUGAUCUACAAGCCACAGAACUUCUUUGCCUUCGGCUCUCCUAUUGGGAUGUUUCUCACUGUACGAGGAAUAAAAAGGAUUGAUCCGACCUACAGCCUGCCCACCUGCAAAGGUUUCUUCAAUAUCUUUCAUCCGUUUGACCCAGUAGCAUACAGGAUUGAGCCCUUGAUUGUCCCUGAUGUGGAGUUUGAACCUAUGUUGCUUCCUCAUCAUAAAGGCAGGAAGAGGAUGCAUUUAGAGCUGAAGGAGGGCCUCACGCGGAUGAGCACUGACAUCAAAAACAACUUGCUAGGUUCUUUGAGGAUAGCCUGGCAGUCAUUCACCAGAGCCUCACUGCCAGCUGUGGAGGCAGGGGCCACUGGAGAUGCUGAACGUGAACUGGAAACUGAAACCAGUUCAGAGAAGCAAACCGAUGGGAAACCUGACGAACCGGCUAUACCAGUGAAAGAAGAACCCACACCAAUUAAUGUGGGUAUGCUUAAUGGGGGCCACCGCGUUGACUAUGUGCUUCAAGAGAAACCUAUUGAAAGCUUUAACGAAUAUUUGUUUGCACUGCAAGGCCACUUGUGUUAUUGGGAGUCGGAGGACACGGUGCUGUUGCUGCUGAAAGAGAUUUACCAAACACAGGGCAUUAGCCUGGACCAGCCUCUCUUGUAAAGCCUGACUGACAUGCUGCAUCAGUCGAGUCACCAAAUAUUUACUCCCAAGUGGAAGCUUGUCAGGAUUUCCUGUUGUCCACCACCACCUUCUCUCAUCUGUUGCUGAUGUGCCCGACAUGCCUCAUCCCCACUGCCUGGAGCUCUGGAGGAUUCCCCAUCCCAGUACCUUUCUAAGUGUGGCAAGCAUUUUUUCUCUCUCUUGCCUGAAUCAUACUGUACUUGUUGCUGACUGACUCUCUGGGCUGUGCCCUACGGCUAGAGGCAUAUGAUAAAUUGCAAUGCCAGCUGUCAUGUCUAUAACUGUAUUAGAUGUGGCUCGAAAUUGGUGCUAGAACUUCUCAUCACCUCUUUGGUUGAAAACCUCUGGUUAUGAGACAGCAGUAUUGGUUAGGGUGAAGUCACGUCUGAGUGAAUAACCACUCUGCCUGUGGAGGGAUAUCAAUAUUUAUAAACCUUUGUUCUGUAGCAGCACUUGGAUAUUCAAGCAUUAUGAUUUUGUUUUCUAUUGUGGAUUUUUUUCUGUUCCCUUCAUUGCUGCUGCUUUGCCCAACAGGUGGAGCUACAGACCAAAGCUUUCCAAAUUAAACUCUGGUCUCACUGUGGUCAGCCUUGCUGUGUUGGCAGUUGGACGUUUGCUGCAGCAGGAAAAAUACACAGAGAAACAGACCAUUGCUUGGAAAACUGCAAAUUUGCUUGUUUUAUACACUUCCAGGAUGUGACCCCUCCAGUUAUGGCACUGUGAGCCUGCUGUGUGUGUUUUCAUUAUAGUCCUAAUAGCUUCAGCACCCAAGGAUAAGCACGAUCUCCGGUGUGGGCUUCCUCAGCUCUGUUGAGAGUUCUCAGUGCAACGCGUUGUGCAAGCAACUGUUCCACAAGGUAGGAAGCGUCCUGAGUUCUUGAGAGGCUCCUGGUGUUAGUUCUAUGCAGUCAUAUUUCCUUCAUCUUCAGCAAGAAGAGCACGUCUUGCUGUGAGAACAUUGGAAGAAGAAUCCAAUGUAGGCAGAGAAUCGGUGGUGCCGGGUACUGCAUUUAUGAGGGACUGAACACAGGUACGUGUGGCAAACUCUGACCUACUGGGGAAAAGCAGAACCACUACAACUUGUAGACAUCCACUUUAUAUAUUGCCACAUGUAAUUUCCAGUGUGUGACGGGGUCAUAGAAUGCAAUGAUGAGCAAUUAAGUCUGGCCUGUUCUUGCUUCCCCAGAGAAUCCUCCCCAUGAUGUUAAAGUUGGCCCAUGAUUAUUCAGGGCCCAUUUCAUAGUUGCAUUUAAGGCAUUGAGUAAUGGCAGCUCUAUACUUUUUAUACUGAAGGUCAGUUUCCUUGGAAACAUGGCUAAUGUCCAUUAGGAGAUAGCCCAUAUAACCAGGGUGAUAAUUCAAGAAGUGGGCCAAGUGGCUCCUCUUUGUUGUAGUUGGAUGUGUACCAAAACAGUUAUGUUCCUGUUCAAAUAGGACUGGGUUUUCAUGGUGGAUGUCACUAAGGUACACAGGGUACUAUCCUAUGAUUGCACAACUGCUUCAUGCGCCCAACCUGGUGGAUGCAGAUUAGGUAAACGGGGGACUGGACUAAGGUUGCACAACUACAUGUGCAUUCGACCCGUGACUUGGCACGAUUGUUUAGUCACAUGAAGUGUUCAUUGUUCUUAAGGCAUUUGCUCACAUUUCAGGACAUCUUCAACAAGUGCAAUAGCCGUCAAUCUGUUCCUGGAUAUUUUGCGGUGGGAGGGAGAGGGAUGAUCAUGCUAUAUAUACUCUUUGUGUACUCUGUAUCAAAGCAUCCUUUCCCUUGGGUUAUUAUUCUCCCUAUGUGUUUGCACUGUUGACAUUGCCUCGCUCACCUCAUCGUCCACUAAUGCCACAGCUGUGACUGAGCAGUGCCAUGUGGUAUGACCAAGUUCUGGGUUAGAAACUCUGCAAGUUGGGGGUGGAAAGAAUCCAGCCUUGGCCAGUCUGGUCACAAAACAGCUGUUGAAAUUUAUGCACUUUGUAAAAUAUGUCU